AAAGGUGGAUCACUUAAGUCCUAGAAGAUUACUACGACGAUAAUAAUCACAGAAAAUUUCAAAAUUAAUCAGUUUAAAUUAAAGGUUUGAAUUACCCGCGACAGGUGUACCAAUAGUGGUGUCAGAAUGACAGGUUGGUAACCAACAAAUGUGAUGACGGCGCAAUUUGAAACAAACAUGAGUUUAAUCUAACUGACGACAUUUCGGAGCAAUUAACGCCGAUUAAGGAAAUUAAGAAUAUCACGCAUGUGGCACUAAUUAUACAGCACACACCUCACUUUAUUAGGAUAAUGUCGUCCUCAGCUAUUUACAUUCUUGAUGUUAAGGGCAAGGUUCUUAUUUCACGGAACUACCGUGGCGAUAUAGACCUGGGGGUUAUAGAAAAGUUCAUGCCUUUGCUUAUGGAAAAGGAGGAAGAGGGUCUCCUCACACCUCUACUCCAAACUGGCGAUUGUACCUUUGCGUAUAUCAAAACAAACAAUCUCUACAUUGUAAGCACUACCAAGAAAAACGCAAACAUUGCUUUAGUUUUUGUUUUCUUACACAAAAUUGUGCAAGUUAUGACUGAAUAUUUCAAAGAGCUUGAGGAGGAAAGUAUUAGAGAUAACUUCGUCGUGAUUUAUGAACUUCUUGACGAAUUACUUGAUUUUGGAUACCCUCAAACCACUGAUAGUAAAAUUCUACAAGAGUAUAUCACACAGGAAGGCCAUAAGUUAGAAAUCCAGCCACGUAUUCCCGUCGCGGUCACCAACGCUGUGUCAUGGCGGUCAGAAGGGAUCAAAUAUAGAAAAAACGAAGUAUUUUUAGACGUUAUAGAGUCUGUCAACCUCUUAGCUAAUGCUAACGGUAACGUUUUACGAAGCGAGAUUGUGGGGGCGAUCAAAAUGAGAGUUUACUUAUCUGGAAUGCCCGAAUUACGUUUAGGUCUAAACGAUAAAGUAUUAUUUGAAAGCACUGGUCGCGGGAAAUCAAAAUCGGUUGAAUUAGAAGACGUCAAAUUCCACCAGUGUGUGAGAUUAUCAAGAUUUGAAAUUGAUAGGACAAUAUCUUUCAUCCCACCGGACGGCGAAUUCGAACUUAUGUCCUACCGGUUGAACACACAUGUAAAACCAUUGAUUUGGAUCGAGUCUGUUAUUGAACGUCAUGCACACAGCCGUGUUGAAUACAUGAUCAAAGCAAAGUCGCAAUUCAAGCGACGAUCGACAGCUAAUAACGUCGAAAUCGUAAUUCCUGUACCCCACGAUGCCGACUCGCCUAAAUUUAAAACGACCAUUGGAAGUGUUAAAUACGCGCCUGAACAAAACGCAAUUACUUGGACUAUCAAAUCAUUUCCAGGUGGUAAGGAGUAUUUAAUGAGGGCUCAUUUCGGAUUACCUAGCGUCGAAUGUGAAGACACUGAAGGCAAACCACCGAUUCAAGUCAAAUUUGAAAUUCCAUACUUCACAACGUCGGGAAUUCAGGUCCGCUAUUUGAAAAUUAUUGAGAAAAGUGGGUACCAAGCCUUGCCGUGGGUGCGGUAUAUAACGCAAAAUGGUGAUUACCAAUUGCGCACCAAUUAAAUAUGAUUUUACAGAAGAUCAUGUGUUGUAACAAUUUUUGGCAAAUAUAUUUUAAAUGAAUCAA